AGGAUGAAGAGAUGCGUAAAGAUUAUGACUACAUGUUGGAUCAUCCUGAAGAGUAUUACAGGCAUUACUAUCACUACUACAGCAGGAGAUUGGCACCUAAAGUGGAUGUCAGGAUAGUGAUUCUAGUUACGGUGUGUGCCAUCUCCGUGUUCCAGUUCUUCAGCUGGUGGAGUAGUUACAAUGAAGCUAUCAAUUACCUAGCAACAGUGCCAAAAUACCGUAUACAAGCUACUGAGAUUGCCAGGCAGCAAGGUUUACUCAACAAGACUAAAGAAAAAGGCAAGAACAGGCGGUCUAAAGAAGAAAUCCGUGAAGAAGAGGAAGAAAUCAUCAAAGACAUCAUUAAAAAUAAAAUAGAUAUAAAAGGUGGUUACCAGAAGCCCAGGAUAUAUGAUAUCCUUCUAUUUCAGAUCAUUCUUGCUCCUUUUUACUUGUGCAAAUACAUAGUUUGGUACUGUUGGUGGAUUUAUCGUUUCACUAUUAAAGGGCAAGAGUACGGUGUGGAAGAGAAGCUGUAUAUCAUACGAAGGUACAUGAAAAUGUCUCAGUCUCAGUUUGACAGCCUAGAAGAUCAUCAGAAGGAAACCUUUCUUGAACGGCAACUGUGGAUACGAGAAAACUACGAGGUCUAUAAAAGACAACAAGAGGAGGAGUUAAAGAAGAAGAUGGCCUUGGAUCCUCGAUGGAAGAGAUAUCGGCGGUGGAUGAAAAAUGAAGGACCUGGAAGACUGACUUUUAUUGACGAUUGAAAGUUGCUGAAAAAAAGUCUGUACUAAUGUUGAAAAUUAUUUGUAAAACUUUUCACUACGUCAUUCAGAGUUUUGUCUGCUGUGGCUCAGCAGUGAUCUAAAACUCAGGAAUUAUUAAAUCAGGCCGAAAAAUAAUACAGGUUUACCAUUUUUAUAGAUCAGACUUAUUAAACAGGCUCAGCUCAAUGUAUAUAUGCCAUUUACUUGGGGAUCUCAGUGUGGAAUUCAUUAUUCCAAACAAUGUAUUUUCUCUACAUAUUUCAUAUUCAUGAUCAAUGGAACCAUAACCUUAGUCUUUAGAAUAUGUUUCUAGAUCAGUCUUUGAAAGUCCUGUUUUUAUCUUUUUAAACUGAAGGGUUCCUGCAGAAGGACACUGGAAAUGCUUAAUAGGGGUUCUGAAGCAAGGCCCUUUUCUGUUUUUCUCUCUCUUUCCCCCUACUUUUCAAUCUACUUUCUAAGAUGCCAAAUUGUUUUUUGAUGUAGACAAUAUGGGGAUUAUACCAGACUACUUCUUUUGCUGUUCCUGCUCCAGUUGGAAAUGAAUUUUAUUCUUUGUGGGAGUAAAUGAUGCAUGAUUGAUCAUUAUUGUGAUGCAAACAAGCCUUAAUUCUUUUUCUACAGAGUGAUUAUUUGUUUUACAGAGUGAUUAAUGAAAUAGUAUGCUUAGAUCUUUUGUGUUUGGUUUUUCAUCUUGUAUGUUGGAUUGUACUUGCUUGUUCAGUAGUAGUAUACCAGUGAAUACUAGUCUACUACAUGUGACAUUUCUUUCACCAAAGUAUUGGUAAAAGGGAAAAUGACCCUUUUGUUAAAAAGGGCAAUUUUGAUGCCUUAUGUAAAUAGAAGUUUAUAUAAUAUACAUACUGAAUUUGCUUUAAAUUCUAAAUCUAAAGUAUUCUUUAUGUUUAUCCCUUCUGAUCAGACCUCAGAGUACUUAGAAUAAAUAAUGCACAACAGCAUGCUGUGGUUUCCUGUGUGAUGUGUCUCAGGUCAGAGCUUCCAUGAUUUU